CUGUGUCAGGCAAGCAUGAAGUUCGUUGCUCUAAAUUUCUGUGUCCUCUGCUUUCACUUUGAAGCCCUGUAUGGAUCAGAUAGCUGCUCAUCAAGACCGUGCAAAAAUAUAGAUCAGUCUCAUGUCUCCGACUCCCAAACGACGGUGGAAUUUGAAAAUGGAAACUUCAAGUUUAUAUUCCCCAACCCCCAAAAUGUGAGUGAGUUCAGCAUGACCCUCUUCAAAGGGCAUGAAAAGAAGGAGAUCUGUGCACUCCAUUUGAGUGAGGGGAAUGUUAUCCCCAAGAGUAAUGUCACCUACUGUCAGACAAUGCAUUCAAAAAGCAGCACCACUUUCAUCCUUAAAAAUCUGGAAAGAAAACAUAUGGACAUGUAUACCUACUGCCUGGAGAAGUUCUUACCCCCUCCUUAUAUAGAGUGCCGGCUGAAGGAAACAUAUUUGUACAUCCAAGACAAGGAGGAUUGCAUUUCAAUGGGACUCACACCAUGGAUAAUUACUGGCCUGAUCAUGUUUGCCAUGAUUUCUUGUGUCUGCUGUGUCAUAGCCUGCUACCUUUGGAACAAGAAUCAGCAGUGUGAAUCCAAGUCCCAUGAGUACAACAGUGAAUACAUGCCCAUGGCAGCAGUGAAUGCAGCUAAAAACCCAAGAAUCUAAGGUAUAAGUUGCUUGUGGGAUGGAGAUUCUGGCAUCAGGUUUCCAUCUACUUGAACCUGGACAAAGGGAAAUCAGCAUUUCCUCACCUUUCCCAGCCUCCCUGAGAUCUCAUGAUGGUUCUUGAUUCAGCCAUGGGACACCCACUUUAGUACUGUUCUGAGCUGUGUUUGGUCGAGGCUUGUGUGCUUAGAGCAAAACUGGCUCAUUGCCUGAUCCACUGACUUGUACAUGGAGUGCUAACAAUGUGUUAAAAAUGCCAGCUUUUUAGUUGAAGAACAUGUAGUGAGUUUGCUUGAAAAUAGAUUUGUGUAGUACCGCUACAGAGGGAACUUUUAUUUUCCACAGUCUCAUUUAUGAUAAAUUUUCCACCAGGGACAAAAUAAAAACCCUACCUCCAAUGCCAAUCCUUGUGGCACAGCCGUGAAUCACUGUUCAUGUAUUGCACAUACUCUUUUGUUAGGGCUAGCUUAGUCUGGUAGUAUCAGUUCACCACACUGGGAGAGUGUGGAAUGCACACAUACUCCCCUCCACCAAGCUAUGGGACAGCAGGGGAACAAAACCUGAGAGAGCACAGCAGAGACUUCACUGUGACAUGGUACCUCAGGUGUGCGCAGCUGUAGUUUUCAAAUUCAUGCUAUCAAUAUGUCUUUGGCAUGCACACCUUGGGACUCCUUGUAUUUAAUUAAAUUCUGAAUUCCUGUUAAUAACAGAGGAAUGUAUUACAAGAGGAAUAUAUUGCAAGGCUGCAAUUGUUCUUUAAAUCAGUUCAAGCCUCCAAGAUCAGUCCCUAAACUGGGAGGCACAGCCUUUCCUCUUGAUGUGUCUUGCAGCACAAAUAUAACACAGUCCAUAAGACCAGUGUAUUCAUGGACUCUGCACUGCAAUUAUCUCCCUCUUGUGGUUUGACAUAAAGCCUUUACCAUUUCUCUGGUGGGUUCAGGAGUUGCUUGACCUGCCUCAAAUUGCUCAGAGCCUUCAGUAUGAAUGAAAGGAUCAAUCCUUCAUGCUCCUUGUGAAAUGUGUCAAAACUCCGGCCAUAAAUGACCAGCUGGGAAUCCAGCUUGCCUGUUGCCAAAUACCGUUGGGCUGCUGGAAGCAGAUCAGUGCACUGAUUGUGAGUAUCUCUGCAAUUCAUUAUGAAAACAAGUAUCAUUCAGAGGACGCUAUUGUGAAAGAUACAUAGCCUGCUUGUCUGGCAAACAGAAGGCUGAUUUCAAAUUUGAUAGGGCAAACAGGGACUGACAACGAAGAGAAUGUAAGCUGGUAUGUCUGGAACAGGGUUUUCCUCUACAGACACCUAAAUUCCUAGAAAUAUUGUAGAGGCAGAGUGCAGACUGUUAACUAUGACUUUAAGCAAAAGGGAAAUGACUAAAGCGUCAAGUGAAGUGGCGACUGCAAAUUUCACAGCCAGUACCCUGCUUAGAGAACCAGCUCCUAGGCAGAGAUGUAGAG